GAACAAGACAACGAAGCAAACAGAAAAUAUCUGUUUACAAAGUUUUUGUUUACCUAAAAAGGAAAAAAAAAAUUGCUUAAAUCCCAAAAAAUUUGGAGCUGCAAUAUCUUAUGAACAUAAACAUAUUAUCCCUAAUUUUCUUGGGCAAGUUCUUGUUCUUCUUCCUUUUCCAGUUGAACUAUUUUUGCAUUCUCAGCUCAGAAGUUCUUGAUCCGCUCCCUUAAUUUCCCUCGAGAAAACGGGGGAUUUUCCGACAAGAUCGGUCUGCUUUCCGGUCAGUGCUUUGCUUUCCUUAAAAAGCAUCCCAUUUGGUGUCCCUAGUCCUCUCUCUCCAAUUUCUUCUUUGAUACCCUCUCUCUCUCUCUCUCUCUCUCUCUCCCCCUCGCAUCCCCCUGCUCUGAAGAGCUUGAAAGAUCCAAGAUUUUUUAGGACCCAAUAGAGGGUGGGAGGAGAGAGAUUCUAUAGUGAUGGGGAAGAAGGAGGUGGCGGUAGUGGUGUGCGCGGCGGCGGCUGCGGCGUUGACGGCGGCUGGUGCGGCAGUGGUGGUGAGGCGGCAGAUGAGGAAAUCGGGGAGGUGGGCCAAGGCCAUGGCCAUUGUGAAGGAGCUGGAGGACAAGUGCGGGACCCCCAUCACCAGACUGCGAAGCGUCGCGGACUCCAUGACGGUCGAGAUGCACGCCGGGCUCGCCUCCGAGGGCGGCAGCAAGCUCAAGAUGAUCAUCAGCUUCGUUGACAAUCUCCCCACUGGGGAUGAGCAAGGUCUGUUCUAUGCCUUGGACCUCGGGGGCACAAACUUCCGUGUCUUGCGUGUACAUUUGGGCGGGAAAGGAAAGGGAGUUGUCAAGCAAGAGUUCGAGGAAGUAUCGAUUCCUCCGCAUUUGAUGACCGGGACUUCAGAUGCAUUGUUUGAUUACAUUGCGGAAGCACUUGCAAAGUUUGUUGCCACCGAAGACGAAGGCUCUCAUCCUUUUCCUGGUAGAGAAAGGGAGCUUGGGUUCACCUUCUCGUUCCCAGUCAGGCAAACGUCAAUAGCCUCAGGGACCCUGAUCAAAUGGACAAAAGGCUUCUCCAUAGAAGAUGCAGUUGGAGAAGAUGUUGUGGCUGAACUGACCAAAGCUCUGAAACGAGUUGGCCUUGAUAUGCGAGUCAAUGCCCUUGUGAACGACACAAUCGGGACAUUGGCAGGUGGUAGAUAUUACAAUCCGGAUGUCAUAGCUGCUGUCAUCUUGGGCACUGGGACGAACGCUGCCUAUGUUGAGCGUGCGACUGCAAUUCCCAAGUGGCAGGGUCCUCUCCCCAAAUCAGGAGAAAUGGUCAUUAACAUGGAGUGGGGAAACUUCAGGUCAUCACACCUUCCACUGACAGAAUAUGAUCAAGCUUUGGAUGCUGAGAGCCUAAACCCCGGAGAGCAGAUUCUUGAGAAGAUAAUCUCUGGGAUGUAUUUGGGAGAGAUUUUGAGGAGAGUUCUGUUAAGAAUGGCUGAAGAAGCUGCUUUUUUUGGGGAUACUGUUCCUGCAAAACUUAAAAUACCUUUCAUACUGAGGACGCCGGACAUGUCUGCAAUGCAUCACGAUACAUCUCCGGAACUUAAAGUUGUAGGAAAAAAAUUACAGGACAUUCUGGAGAUAUCGAACACCUCCCUGAAAGUGAGGAAGGUAAUCAUCAAGCUCUGUGACAUCGUGGCAACCCGUGGGGCCCGCCUCUCUGCUGCCGGAAUCCUCGGCAUCUUGAAGAAGUUGGAGAGAGAUAAUAUCUCCAGCAAUGGAAGCCAGAAGUCGGUCAUAGCUCUCGAUGGAGGCCUGUUCGAGCACUACACGAAGUUCAGCUCUUGUAUGGAGAGCACUCUCAAGGAGUUGCUUGGGGGGGAAGUUGCUGACAAGAUUGUGAUCGAGCACUCAAAUGAUGGCUCGGGGAUCGGGGCUGCCCUCCUGGCCGCCUCUCAUUCCCCAUACUUGGAUGCUUCAGAGCCCUGAGUCUUGUUGGACCAAGCUUCAGGUCCCAGUGGAACUGUGGAAAUGCCAAUUUAUAUCAUUUGGUUUGAUUUUUUCCACCUCCUUCCCCCUGAAGGUAAUGCUUCGGGAUCGAAGAAGCGUUAAGUGUGUCGUUUCCGAGCUCAACUUCCUUGGUUAUUUAGGCACGUAGCUGCCUUGCGUGACUCCCCCACUUCACCGGGAAAUAUCUCUAGACGGAGCACCGACUCCCGGCUGACAUUGUUUAAGUUCAUCUCUCCUGAGUUUUAUGAAUAAACGGGGAGAUGAGCCUUCAUUCGAACUGCCUGAAGCAUAUUCUUACCAUACGGUUUCCAUAGCAAAAUAAACUCUUCAUUUUGGCCUUUGGUGGUAGAAUGCGGGAUUUUUACCUCA